AUGGGUUUCAUCAAAGCAGAAGCACAGCCCAGCUUCGGCUCCGGUCCCAUCCACAUCGACCCCAACGAGCCUCAGGCCGGCCAGUUCGCCUUUCUCCCUUACAGCAACUCCGGCUUCGACAACGUCCACCCCAGCGACCUCAACAAACCAGGUACCAGCGAUGGUCGUUCCAAAGUGGCUCGCGCCUGCACAGAGUGCAAGUCGCGCAAGAUGCGCUGCGAUGGCGGCCUCCCCUUUUGUGGCCGUUGCAUCACUCACAGCCGCACAAAGUCGUGUGCCUACGUCGACCCGCCCAAGCGCUCGCCCAUCACUCGACAAUACGUCAGUUCCUUGGAGGCUCAGCUCGACGAAGCCAAAAGGAAGAUCGCCGAGCUUCAGUCCACUACUGCAAGCAACACCGCCAAGACUGUCUCUGAAAAGCCAUUAGCUCCUCCCGCCACACCUGCUCGUCGCCACACCACCCAUCCCUACAUGCAGAACCGCUCCUUGACCGGCGAAGACACUGCCCCUGCCUGCGGCUUUGCCCACGUCAAGCAUUCGUCGUCCCCUUCAAAGAAGCGUGCUCGCUCUGCCACCACCAGCUUUGACGAUGACUUCGUCGUCGACAACGACUUUGACUAUACUCAUGCUGAUCAUCAUCACGCCGACGGCGCCGGCGCCCAUACUUCGUCCAAGCCUUGCCAGGACGUCGAUGCUCUCGGCGGAGGCAACUUCGUCAGCCUCACCAGCUGCAACGCCGCACUUCACAUCGCCUCACAGUUGAGUCUAGCCAGGGAGCCCGGCGCCAAACUCGACCUCUCGACCAGCCCCACGCUUGCCAGCCACGAGGCCAAGUCCUUCUCCUCCAAGGUGGGCGGCAUUGACAUUUCUUGUGAGGGCCUUGCUCGUGCUUCCUCGUGUUUGGCCUCGUCCUCGCUGCACAAUGCUGCUACCUUGCCUGACAAUGUCGACUUUGGUAACUGGGACUCAGAGAGCCAGCGCUUCGCUGCCGAACUCCUCGAGUCGUUCUUCGAGUUCCACCUCCCUUCCUACCCCAUCCUCCAUCCCGCCACCUUCCGGGCCCAGCUUCAAGGCACAAUCUGCCCUCCUCAGUCGGCUGCUUGGCCCAUGCUCGUCAACAUGGUCUUUGCCCUCGGCGCCCUCGAGCGCAGGGCUUCUGCGGAAGAGGCUGAUCACGACACGCUCUUCUACGAGCGUGCCAAGAAGCUCUGCAACGCCGUCCUCUUUGACAAAGCCGAGAUCAUCUCGGUACAGGCACUUACCUUGAUGGCCAACUAUUGCCAGAAGAAGAACCACUUUGCCAGUGCCUGGAUGGUGCUCGGCAGCGCGCUACGCAUGGCCAUCUCGAUGGGUCUCCACUCCGAGUCUGCACUGCAAGCGCGCGACAUGCCCGCCUUUGAUCGUGAGUUUGGCCGUCGCCUAUGGUACACGCUCUUCACCAUGGAGGCCGACACGUGUGUCAGCAUGGCUCGUCCCAACGGCCUGCUUGCUAUCAACGCUGAUGCAGCCCCACCCCAGAACAUUGACGAGACCGCCAUGUCACCCACCGCCGGCGAGCUGCCCGCGGAGGUGUCCGAGGCUACCCUCAGCUCAACGCUCGCCGCGCACGCCAAGUUCGCCUCUGAGGUCAGCAUGCCGCUCCAGGCUCGACUGAUGCGCGGUCCCAAUCCUUCGAUUGAGGAGGUGCGCGCCUUUGACCGCAAGACAGAAGAGUUCGUCGAUAGCCUCCCCGACUACAUGGACGAAGGCUACUCUGGCCCGCGUCCGGCAUCGUUCUCGGUGGCUUCGGCGCGACUGCGUUGGAGGUGCAACAACUUCCGCAUGGUCAUGUUCCGACCCUUCCUGCUCUCGAAUGCUGUCGCCGCUGCCGCUGCUCGGUCUCGAGGUGAAAACCGACCAGCACUUCGCCCUGCGGUGAAACAGGCCAUUGCGCUGUGCCGAACUAUGGCGAGCAAGAACAUCCGCUCCAUCUCGAACUUCUGGGACUCGCACCCGCACAAUCAGGCCAUGGCGUGGCACGCUAUCUACUUCCUCACCCAGAGCGCGCUCGUGCCGCUCGUCUCGCUUCUCGACGAGCCCAGCGGCGACGAGGCACGCGAGUGCGCGAGUUUGCUGCAGACGUGUGUGCGCUUGCUCGUCGACAUGGGCCGCAUCACGCCCAUCGGCGCCAAAUGCAAGGAUGCCAUCGAGAAGCUGGCGGGAGAUCUGCUACUUCGCAAUGCCGAGGACUACGACGACGACAGCGAGUCGAUGCUCUUGUCCAAGUGGAUGUCCGAGGCCAACGCAUCCGCGUCUGGCUCGACGGCAGAGGUCGAUCCGCUCAUGUGGUCGUCGCACCUCAUCGCCUCCGGCAGCACCGCUUCGGACGACACUGGAUUCGGUGGCGUCGUGGCUCAUCAUACUGGGCCUUCGCUGACCAUGUCACUCGACAGUGCCUCCUCGGACGGUAUGUCGGCUGCGUUCGAAUUUGCUCGAGGCAUGGAUACUUCACCCGGCGACCAUCGCUCGUCGAUCACCAACUCGAUCGAUGCUUGGGCGGCGACCGCCACCGCACGCCCCUCGACGGCAUCGCAGUGGUCGGAGAAUGGCUCGUCGAGCUUGCCUGAUCGCGAGUUCCUCAAUCGCGAACGCAUCGGCCACUGGUUUGGCUUGCAGGCUUCGCACGCCGAGGCGAACCGUCACGAUGCUGCUGCUGCGUCGAUGCUGGGCACGUCGGAGCCCAGCUCGAGCCAUGGCGGUGCGCCACCCAUGACGGCUUCAGCGGCCGGGUUCGGGGUGGCAGCACAGCCGCCUCACCAGCAGGCCCACGGUGGACUUGAUUGGCAGCAGGCGACAGCAGCAGCACCUCCCAGCAAUUGGUGGACUGUUCAGUAUCGCCAGCCAGAGACUUCGCCAUCGACGGGCUUCAUGUUUAGCCCAGAAGUGCACCACAACUCGCACGGUGCGAGCCACCAGGAGCACGGCGCUUUCGCACCGCUGAGCCACAUGCAGUCUCAAGGACACGCACAACCAUCGCAUCCCCAGCAGCACUUUUUUUAA